AACAGACGCUUGAACCUGAGUCGCGACAUACGAUAAACGAACUCGAGAGGAAGAAACAAGUGUUCUAAAAGCCAAGACUUCUCUCCUUCCUUUCUUCUUCUUCAUCGAUCCAUUUGAAAGAAAAAAGAAGAAGAAAAGCGACAUGAUUUCGACGCAGAGAAGCCUUUCAGGGUCAUUACAAAGCCCUAGAUCUCCUUCAACACAGCCGUAUUUAUCUGUUUCCGUAACUGACCCUGUCAAAUUGGGUAAUGGCGUCCAAGCAUACAUCUCCUACAGGGUUAUCACCAAGACGAAUUUGCCUGAAUAUCAAGGUCAAGAGAAGAUUGUCAUCCGUCGUUACAGUGAUUUCGUGUGGUUGCGUGAUCGGCUUUCUGAAAAGUACAAAGGGAUUUUUAUUCCUCCUCUUCCAGAGAAGAGUGCUGUAGAGAAGUUCCGCUUCAGUGCCGAAUUCAUUGAGAUGAGGCGUCAAGCUUUGGAUAUAUUUGUAAAUCGAAUCGCUUCGCAUCCUGAACUGCAGCAAAGUGAAGAUUUGAGGACCUUUUUGCAGGAAGAUGAAGAGACCAUGGAUAGAUCGAGAUCCCAGGAAACUGGUAUUUUCAAGAAGAAGCCAGCUGAUUUUAUGCAAAUUUUCAAGGAUGUGCAAUCAAAGGUAAGUGACGUUGUCCUUGGAAAGGAGAAACCAGUGGAAGAGUCCACUCCCGAAUACGAGAAACUAAAACACUACAUAUUUGAGCUUGAAGAGCACUUGGCAGAGGCACAGAAGCAAGCUUUUCGUCUUGUAAAGAGGCACCGAGAGUUGGGUCAAUCUCUAUCGGACUUCGGAAAGGCAGUCAAGCUCCUUGGUGCUUGUGAAGGAAAAUCUCUAGGGAAGGCAUUUUCUGAUCUCGGAACAAAGUCAGAAGCCUUGUCAAUGAAGCUUCAGAAUGAGGCCCACAACCUGUUAAUGAAUUUUGAAGAACCUUUGAAGGACUAUGUGCGUGCAGUGCAGUCGAUAAAGGUCACUAUGGCAGAUAGAGCCAAUGCUUUCCGGCAGCAAUGUGAGUUGGCAGAAACCACCAGGCUGAAGGAGAUUAACCUUGACAAGCUAAUGCUCAUGCGCUCUGAUAAGGCAGGAGAAGCAGAGUACGAAUAUAAAGAGUUGAAGGCAGAGAGUGAGGAGGCCACGCGGAGAUUUGAGACGAUUGUUAGAUUGAUGAAUGAAGAGAUUGUGCGGUUCCAAGACCAGAAGACAUCAGAUAUGGGUCUGGCUUUCCACGAAUUUGCCAAGGGGCAGGCAAAGCUUGCAAACGACAUUGCGGAUGCUUGGAGGAGCCUACUGCCUAAGCUUGAAGCUUGUUCUACUGACACAUGACUCUGAAUUUUUAGUACAACUAGGUCACUUUGUAAUGACUGGCUGAGGAAGAUCUUUGUAUAAUUCGCAACAAAUGUUUUGUAUGGCUGACUUGGGAGUUUUUUUAUACACUUUGCAAUUUAUGAUUGUCACAAUGAUCAAGAACUUUCAAGAAAUUCAUUACUUGGAUUUUGGGCAUGA